GUCCACAGAAGGCAGCAGUCGACUCAGCACACACACAGGUGGAGAAUGGGACUGGGUCAUGACCAGGAGGAGUUUGCACUGAGUGGACUUGUACGCUUGUUUUAGAGUCCAGCGCUUUGGAUUAUGCUCUUCAUCCUCAUUUGUGUUUCUCACCGCAUCCAUUGAGCUUGCAGAUUCUAAACAAUUUUAUUUCUCCGUUGGUCACUGCAUUCUUUAUUGAGUGCAAACAUCGUCAUGUUUAUCAGAACAACUUUUCUCCUCUACUUUGUGGUGACAUUCUUAACACUUGCUCGUUGCAUGGAAAGUGAACUUUGCUACCCGAUUAGACUGGAUACCCACAACCAUGACAGGAGGUACUCUGACAACGACGUGGACAUCAUACAUGGAAAACGUGUCCUCAAAAUAAAAGCUUUCGCUCAGGAGUUAGUGAUCGAUUUACAGCAGGACUCUCAUUUUAUCGCUCCUUCCAUCUCUAACCAAGACGCAUACAGGAUCUCAAAUACCGACGCAACAGCUGACCUUAGCCGGUGUUUUUACUCCGGAUAUGUGAAUUCAGAUCCGUAUUCGUACGCUGCUUUGAGCCUCUGCAAAGGUUUACAAGGUGCAUUUGGAUUUCAAGGAUGGGAAUAUUUUAUUACCCCGGUGCAAAAUGACACCACAAGCGCAGAGAGCGCGCACAUCAUCCGGCGCAGAACCAGCAACAACCUGAAGCUAAAUUCCACCUCCCGGUGUGCGGUGGACAGCGACAUCAGUCUCCAGCUUGCGCAAUCAUUGGAGAAAUACAAACGACUGAGAGAUUACAGCAAUGUCACCGAAACGAUGCUGAAGAGGAUGGGGAGAGCCAAGAGGUUCGCCUCAGUGCCAAGGUACGUGGAGACGCUCGUGGUGGCGGACGAGUCCAUGGCGAAGUUCCAUGGAGAUGACCUUAAACAUUACAUUCUGACUCUGAUGUCAGUGGCAGCGAAGCUCUACAAGCACCCUAGUAUUCUCAACUCCAUUAGCAUCACGGUGGUGAAGAUCGUGAUUAUAUCUGAGGAGGACAAAGGACCCAAGGUGUCCGGGAACGCGGCCAUGACCCUGCGAAACUUCUGCACCUGGCAAAAGAAGAUGAACAAGAACAACGACAAGCAUCCUGACUACUGGGACACAGCAAUCCUUUUCACUAGACAGGAUCUGUGUGGAGCCUCCACCUGUGACACUCUGGGCAUGGCGGAUGUCGGCACUAUGUGUGACCCCAAGAGAAGCUGCUCUGUGAUCGAAGACGACGGCCUCCCUUCAGCCUUCACGACUGCUCAUGAGCUCGGACACGUGUUCAACAUGCCCCACGACAACGUCAAGGCCUGUGAAGAUGUGUUUGGGAAACUGCAGGAUAACCACAUGAUGUCUCCAACUCUGAUCCAGAUCAACCGCACCAACCCCUGGUCCCCCUGCAGUGCUGCCAUCAUCACUGAAUUCCUGGACAGCGGGCACGGAGAAUGUUUGCUCGACCAGCCUCAGAAACCGUUGGUGCUCCCUGACAUCCUGCCAGGAACGUCUUACAAUGUUGACCGUCAGUGUGAGCUUGCGUUCGGAGAAGGCUCAAAGCCCUGUCCUUUUAUGCAGCCACCUUGUAGCCGUCUGUGGUGCACAGGAAAAUCCAAUGGCCAUUUGGUUUGUAUGACUCGCCACUUUCCAUGGGCUGAUGGAACCCACUGUGGGGACGGACAGGUCUGCGACCGAGGGAUAUGUUCCUCUAAACAGGCCAAAAAUGUGAAGGUCGAUGGGCGCUGGGGUAAGUGGGGUCCUUUCGGUUCCUGCUCACGCACCUGUGGAGGCGGAGUCCAACUUUCGAAAAGAGAGUGCAACAACCCAAUUCCGUCAUAUGGGGGUAAAUACUGCCAAGGGGUUCGGGUCAAAUACCGCUCCUGCAACCUGAACCAUUGCCCUGACGCAGGUAAGACUUAUCGUGAGGAGCAGUGUGAGAACAGUGGACGCAAUUUCAACAGUAACAGGAUUGCCCCCUCUGUUGUGUGGGUGCCUAAGUACUCUGGAGUGUCCACCAAUGACAGGUGUAAACUCAUCUGCCGGGCUAACGGCACCGGCUACUUCUACGUCCUGUUACCAAAGGUUGUGGAUGGAACUCCAUGUUCCCCAGACUCCACAGGAGUGUGUGUCCAAGGCAAGUGCAUCAAGGCCGGCUGCGAUGGAAAAAUUGGCUCCAACAAGAAGUUUGAUAAGUGUGGAAUCUGCGGAGGUGAUAACAAGGGCUGCAAGAAGGUGUCAGGACUCUUCACAAAGCCUGAGCACGGCUACAACUUUGUGGUCAUGUUGCCAGUAGGCGCAGCCAACAUAGACAUCCGUCAGCGAGGCUACAAGGGAAUGAUGAGUGAUGACAACUACUUGGCGGUAAAGAACAGCCAGGGCCAUUACCUGCUCAAUGGGAACUACAUUGUGUCAGCAGGGGAGAGGGACAUUAUCGUGAAGAGCAGCCUGCUGCGCUACAGCGGCACAGCUGGCCUCUCAGAGACCCUGCAGGCUGUGAAACCCUUGGGAGAAACCCUGACUGUGGAGGUGCUAUGUGCAGGCCAGAUGACACCUCCUCGCAUCCGUUACUCCUUCUACCUCGCCCGUCAAAUUAAGGAGGACAAGGCUCCGAAGAAGGAGGGGCGUUUGAACUCUGCGUCCAACAGUGUCCUGGCGGAGGAUGGUGUCAAGGAGAAGGGAGAUGACAUCCUGAAGAAGUCGUAUAGCAAGGUGGAUCCCGUUCUUGGGAAAUGGAUAUCUUCAAGUUGGGACCAGUGCUCUGUGACCUGUGGCAGUGGUAUCCAAAGGAGGAUGGUGCAGUGUCUGACACCCGAUGGGAAGCCAGGGAUGGACUGUGAUCCUUUACAAAGACUUCCAGCUACCAGAGUGUGUGGAGACCCAUGUCCUGAGUGGUCUCUGGGGCAGUGGUCGCCUUGUUCCAGAACCUGUGGGAAGGGUUUUAAGAGACGUCCAUUGCAAUGCAAAACCCAAACAGGGCAUUUACUCCCCAGGGACCACUGCAAAGGCUUACGCAAGCCACAGGAGCUGGACUUCUGUAACCUAAGCCCUUGCUAGUAACUUAAACUUACAGACUGAGAAUAAUUGUUUUGUUUUGAAUGAACUGAGUUGAAUCCAACUGCAAAUAUCAAACAUACCUUGUCUGCCAUGUGCAGGUUUUCCACCUGAAUCACGGGACACUUGCUUGGAAGAACUACAAGAAUAAGUAAAGCUGCAGGAUAAAUGCUGGAAAAUGUUGUUACUGCCAUUAAAUGACGACAUCCAGGUCUUGCCUUGAUGGCAAAGUAACAAAUUAGAUGGUCAAAUGAUAUUUUGCUAAUUUCUACUACAGGCAGUAGAUUAAAAAAAUACCAAGUUUGAAAGCAAUCAAUCUAGGUUACCUAAUGAGUCUGGGACCAUUUUCAAACUUUUUAUAAACUGGACUACAUGGUAAUGCCCAUGGGCUGCACAACACUUUACAGAGAGAGGACAAUAUGUCUCUGCUCAAGAGAAUUUGGGAUUUUCGUUUAUCUUGUAGGUUAUUUUUCUCGAGAUGUGUCCUCGCCAUGAUCACACAGAUACAGAUUACGAUGUCUAGACUUGCAUGUUGGUUGAUAGGUUUUCCCUUUGAUACCAAAAUGUCUAUCACAUUUCAGCCAAACUGUCCUGGAAAUGUCCUUCAGUAGCUUGUUCACGUCCUCACAGCGGGAGACUAUCCCUGUCGGGUGGGAGAGGGGAUCUCAGGACGCAAGACAUCAAACACACGCACAAAAAAUGACAGCGGAAGUUGCGGACAAAGCUACAUUCUGACGCUAUAAUGAGACAAUGACAAAUCUUAGCCUUUAUAUCCAUGAUUUGUUAAGUUCAACACAAUCGCAAUAUCAACAAAAGAGAUGAGAAGAACAUACAGGCUAACAACAAACACGCGUAUGUAGAGCCACUUUCAUACAGUAUAUGGACAUGUGCCGAUCACAAGAUAUAUAUGCCAUCACCCCCCUCUUGCUUGGGGAAAAGUUUCCUCAAUAUUUCCUGCAGUGUUCUCACUUCAGCUCCCCCUUCAUGCAACAAUGUACUAAGGGGCUGACAGGAAACCUUCCAUGUAAAGUUGGAGUGAAAGGUUUUGCUUUUUUCAUUCACACAUGCUAUUCGCCCUGACAUUUCAGGAAGUUUUCAGGAGUUUUGUGCAAGUAUGAAAGCACCAUUAGAUUGACAUUAGAAUUUCAGCAAGCUCUAUUAUCACCUAAAACAAGUAGAUUUUUUUUUGGGGGGGGGAGUAAAAAUGGUGAUGUCUGACUAUUGCAUAAAGUAAUGCAAUCCUGAAACUUGAUAUUGUAAUUUAGGCUUAAUCGAGGCUUAAAAUGUUUUCAGAACAACUCUGGAUUUAUUAGGGAACCCCUCAAUUCUUCUAAAUCAAUUCCAAAAUAAGAAAAAUCAGAUAAUUUAUGUGCUGCUGCCUUGUUUGUCCAUUCAAAAACAUGUUGUAAAAAAUCUGUUGGUUUACUGCUGCAGAAAAUACAGUUUAAAACAACUUUGAACAGGUUUCUACAGUAAGCCACUGUAUCAUUUAUAACAUGCUAAACUCCUUAAACUCUCACAGAAAUAGACGAUGAAGAUGAAGCUGGUAUUUCCCUUUUUAAACUUGGAUGAACUCACCUGAUCUCUAGACACUGAUCGUGUGCAGACCACACUAGCACAAGUCAUGCAAGCAAUUUAAACCAGAUCUAAAGUCAUACUGGUGGCUUUCAGGACAGAACUGACUAAAUGAAGCGGGACAGGAAACAAUGGCGAGUGGUUUUUCUCCCUGUCAGCGUGUUGCUGCCAGUUCAGUGACUUCAUCAGGCUGCUCCUAACAUUACACAGCUCAUCAUAUAGACUUGCAACCACACUCACAUGUAGACACACAAGGGUUUGAUUCCUGCCUCAUGUGUGCAGCAUGUUUCAUUCCCUCACUUCUUUUAUCAUGCGACCACAACAAUGGUCUUCUCAGUUCAUAAUGUUCUGCCAUGUUAAGUCAUGCCUGUCUGGCACAGUUAAUACAGAUAAUUUAUUAUCAAUGAAACAAUAAAGCAGAGAGGUUAAGAAAAAAACUGGCUGGCCCUCUAGUAUGCUGUACAUGCAAGUGUUUUCCUGGAUCUCCUUGUUCAUGUCCCUUUAGCCUGAGCCAAGCUGUUCUUUCUGCACACUCAAUGAAAUCCUGUUAUCCAUUAUAUUCUUGUUUUGUUUCUUAAAGGGGAACCAUUGUCCAGUCUAACCUCCAACUAAAGGAUGGAUCCUAGGUUGGCAGGAUUGUCACUCUCUCUUUUUUUAUAUCAGCUUUUGCACUUUGUACAGCAAAAGAAACGUACAGUAUGACCUGCAUGGACUGUGUCGUAUACUAUGUAUACAUUUAUUCAGCUCUGUGCAAAAAAUAAUGUAAAUAUUUUUUUAUCUUUUUUUUUUACACAGGUAUUUGUAGGCCUAAUGUCUUUGAUUUAAGUAUAUUUAUUCAAAAUAAAGCCGUUGAUGAAACGUUA